GGAAGGGUGUCUGCAAGUGAGAGCUGUAGGUGUCACCCCCAGGGCUUUGCUGGAUCAUGUUUGUCUGUCACUUGCCCUGGUGGAGAUCCAGUGUCACCUGCAAGUUGUGGCAACCAGGUCACUUUCUGCCCUGGGGCAGGUGCCAAAUGCUGAGUAUUAAAGGAAUCAACACGACCGUGGGGCAGGAGCAACAGACCAGCAUGAAGGAAAAACAAGUGUUAGAAGAUUUGGAAAUGCACCUUGCAAGGAGAGACACGGAGCCUCUCUUCCAAGAGCAGCCUGAGACUGGGAACCAGUACUUGGAAGACACUUUGCUUCAGAGUUACUUGAAAACACACCUUCCUCCCAAGGUCCUGGAGGAGGUGCAUCAGGACUUGGAGAGGUUUGGAAACCGCCUGCUGACCAAGAUCCAACCUCUGAGCUGGGAAUGUGAGCUGAACCCCCCCGUGUUCCGGCAAUACAAUGCUUGGGGGCAGCGUGUGGAUCACAUCCACACCUGCUCGGCAUGGAGGAGAAUGAAGGAGAUUUCAGCAGAAGAAGGGCUGAUUGCUGAGGCCUAUGAGAAAAGAUACUCCAACUGGAGCCGCCUGUACCAGGCUGUCAAACUGUACUUGUUCUCAAGCUCCUCUGGAGGUUUCAGCUGUCCACUGGCCAUGACUGAUGGGGCAGCCAAAGUCAUUGAGUCACUGGGCAUUCCUGGAUCUCUGAAAAAUGCUUUUGACCGUCUGACAUCCCGUGACCCUGAGAAGUUCUGGACCUCUGGCCAGUGGAUGACGGAGCGAAGGGGUGGCUCAGAUGUUGCAAACGGCACCCAGACUGUGGCCAGGAAGCAGCCAGAUGGCACCUAUCGUCUGUAUGGAUUUAAGUGGUUCACAUCAGCAGCUGAUUCUGAUAUGGCAUUAACCCUAGCCAGGAUAGCAGAUGCUGAAGGACAGUGUACUCAGGGCUCCAGAGGUCUGUCCCUGUUCUUCCUGAGAGUUCGGGAUGAGGAGGGGAAGCUGAACAAUAUCCAGGUGCAAAGGCUGAAGGACAAGCUGGGCACGAGGCAGAUGGCAACAGCAGAGCUGUGGCUGCAAGGAGCCAGAGCAGAGCUGAUCUCUGCAGAAGGCCGUGGAGUGGCCGCCAUCUCCAACAUGCUGAACAUCACUCGGAUCCACAAUGUCAUUGGGGCAGUGGCUUCCAUGAGAAGGAUGAUCAGUCUGAGCAGGGACUAUGCCUGCAAGCGCGUGGCCUUUGGGAAGCUCCUCAAGGACCAUCCCCUGCACAUGCAGACGAUAGCCCGGAUGGAGGUACAGGUGAGAGGGGCAUUUCUGCUGCUUAUGGAGAUUGUUCACCUGCUGGGCCUGGCUGAAACCAACCUGGCGAGUGAGCAGGACCAGCUGCUGCUGAGGCUUCUCAUCCCAGUGGCCAAACUGUACACAGGGAAGCAGGCUUCUGCUGUGGCUGUUGAGGCGAUGGAGAGUUUUGGGGGCCAAGGUUACAUGGAGGACACAGGCUUGCCAGUCAUACUCCGGGAUACUCUGGUGCUGUCCAUAUGGGAGGGAACAACAAAUAUCCUGUCCCUGGAUGUGCUGCGAUCCCUCACCAAGAGCCAAGGGCAGGUGAUGGCUGUGUUCCUGUCCACAGUGCAGAAAAAGCUGGAGCUGGCUUCAGGCACUGAGGAACUGUCCCCGGCUGUGCAGCGGGCACGGGAAGCCAUCGGGAGCCUCCGCCAGUUCAUGGGGGCUGCGGGCUCAGAGCAGGCACUGACCAUGGAGCUGGCAGCCAGGGACUUCUCCUACAGCCUGGCACGGAUCUACACAGGAGCUCUCUUAAUGGAACACGCGGCUCGGCCUGACGCUUCCUGCACAGAUGUCUGCGCUGCCCUGAGGUGGUGCAACCAGGAGCUGUGUCCGGUGGCCGUGGAGUCAGGGAGGGGCAGCUACGGGGGCGGGGCAGCGCUCCAAGACAGCGCCCUGGUGUUCGGGAACAGCCGGCUCUGAGCGCCCGCAGCCCCGGCAAGGACACGAGAAAACCAACCAAAAUCAAACUGAAAGUUAUCUGAAGCUGACUAAAUACAGAAAGCCACCAUUUUUCCCUGUUCACUUUCCUGCUUUCCAGUGCUGACCACAGACGGCCCCUCCUGGGUGGGGUUUGCUCCAGGGGCAGCCCUUUCCACCCACUGUGGCUGUGAACAUUGACCUUCUCAGGAACUGCUGCUUUCUGAAGAAAAAAGGGAUUUUUAUUCUCUCUGGCCUCCAGAAAGCUUAUUACUUUCCUAUGCACGUGUCCUAAUGAUGCUGCAAUCCAUCCUGACAUAAAUUCUACACAGGUUUUGGACUCAAAUCCAGUAACUCUCCACCUAAGCACUGGCUGUGGGCUUCUCCUUCCCCACAGCCCAUCAGUCGACCUGCUUGGUAUUGCCCUGCUGGCUACAAGUUUUUAAUUAAGAAGUUGUUAAUAGAAGAAGAAAGGCACUAAUAGACUGAAGACAGCUGGAAUUUAUAGCUGGGAAAUGCUACAGCAGCCAGACACUGAGUGGGAAGAGGGGGAAGGAGCUGUGUGCUGAGAUUGGAGUUGUCCAGAGUUUCAAACAUGGCAGAGCCAGGAGGAGCCACAAGGGUGGCUCUGGGGAGCUGCAGAGUGGAGCAAUCCCAACAGGACACAGCAAGGGAGGCUCCAUGGGCUCCCUGUGACCUGGCACGGGGAUCACAGGCUGAGCCAAGCAGUUUCCCUGAAAUCACCCAAAUGCCAUGAAGCAGCAGCAAAGGGCUUCUGUUGUCUGUGCAUUGCAGAGAAUAAAGAACAUUUGGGUUUGGAAAAUCUCCUACAUCAUAGAAUCAUGGAAUCAUGGAGUGGGUUGGGAUAGAAGGGAUCUUAAAGCCCAUCCAAUGCUACCCUCUGCCAUGGGCAGGGACACCUUCAACUGUCCAACCUUCCAAGCCCUGUCCAGCCUGGCCUUGGGCACUGCCAGGGAUCCAGGGGCAGCCACAGCUGCUCUGGGCACCCUGUGCCAGGGCCUGCCCACCCUGCCAGGGAACAAUUCCUGCCCAAUAUUCCAUCCACCCCUACCCUCUGGAAGCCAUUCCCAGUGUCCUGGCACCAGGACUCUGUCCCUGCAAUUUGGUGUCAGAGAUCUCACAGGGGUCAGUGCACAGGAGCUGCUGUGCCCAGUAAAUCUCACGAGAAUGGGAAAGUGAGGGAGCAACGCAGGGCUCUGAGUGACCACGGCAGAAUAUCCACCCCCAGCUGUGCCCGUGGGUCCAACAGCAGCAGAUGGAUGUGACCCAGGAGGGAAAGGCCACGUGCUGGAAGUGUUUGCAGAGCUGAUCAACACCUGGGAUCCCCUGCUCCCCCUAAGGGCUCAUCUCCAACUGCUGCCAAUCCAGGCUUCCCAUUUUUCCAGCCUAUUUUACAUUUCUGAACACCAGGAUUAAUUUUUCCUCAUACAUGAGCUGUAAUUUGCCUAAAAAUAAGCCCCUCAAACUGGGAGCUCUGCAGAUUCACCAGCUCAGAGAACAAGGGACUCUGAAUUCAUCACUGUGUAGGAAAAUGACGAAUUUAUUAAGAUCUAAGUAUUCACUCUGAGGCUACAGCAGAAUAAAGACUGUUUCACACA